ACAAAUGCAAAUUGAACAUGGCAAAGCAAAAUGUGUUGGUGAUUAUGAUGAUGAUGAUGGUUGUUGUAAUGCUUCCACUGACUCAAAGCUUCAAAUUGAAAGCAGGGAAUUGGGGUGCAAGUUUUGAUGGAGAGAAUAAUAAGGAGACAGUGACCAACCUUCAAUUUUACUUCCAUGACACGCUCAGCGGUCGAAACCCAAGUGCAGUUCGGGUAGCUCAACCCGAGGACAAGAACAAGUCACUAUUGACCCAAUUCGGGACCAUCAUGAUGGCGGAUGAUCCGUUAACUGAAACCUCUGACCCGAAGUCCAAGAUGGUGGGUCGAGCCCAAGGGCUUUAUGGGUCAUCGUGCCAGCAGGAGAUUGGGCUUCUCAUGACUAUGAGCUAUUCCUUCACUGACGGCCCAUAUAACGGGAGCUCCUUCUCGCUAAUUGGAAAGAACGCUGCCAUGAACCCGAUCCGUGAGAUGCCUGUUGUGGGUGGUACCGGGCUCUUCCGAAUGGCACGUGGCUACGCCAUUGCCAAGACUCAUUGGUUUGAUCCGACCACCGGUGAUGCUAUUGUAGGCUACAAUGUCACCCUCAUUCAUUAAAUUUUCCUCAACAACCUUUUUUCUUUUUUCUUUAAUAUAGAGGGGUUGUUUAAAUCACCCAUAUUAAAUAAUAAUGAUUAAUUUAUCUGCAGUUCCUUUGAUAUAUGUUCUUAUACAUAUGAAAUUGUUGUCCGAAUGUAGCCACUUGUUGUCAGACUUUAUUUUUGAAGUAGCACGGUCUCAACAUAGAUGGUUUCGGUUUGAAAUCCAUCAAUAAAUCAGUUUUAUUUCUUUUUC